CUUUAGAGAGAUUAGGACAUGAGCGAUGAGCCAGCAAGAGGCGUCCUUGCAGGAGCUUGGAGCCGCCCUGGUGGCGGGACCUGCGAACGCCGCUUGCCGAUUUGAGAGCUGCUCAGUUGGAGAACAUCGCCAGUAGGUUGGAGGCCAUCGCUCUUAGGAACCAGGGUUGCAUCCAACCGACUUUGAGCGCAUCAGUGAUCAGGAGAGCGACGGAGCUGACGUGUCCAAGGAGGCGCUGCGGAUCGACUGCUCCUACAGGGAAGCGGAGAAGACGUGCCAGCAGCGCCUUCGUUCGGAGGCCCGUGUUUCACUGCGCUUCGUUUCGCUGAGACCGACACGGGCCUCGAUGCCGGACGAGGCUGUGGAUGUGGAUGGCUGGAAACUCGAGAAGUCCCAAAUGGAGCUGGUGGAAGAAAGCGAAGAAGAUCUUCAAGAGCUGAAGAUCCUACUGAGCUGCUGCCAGCACGAAAAGAACCGACAACGCCUUCACGCCGCCAUCAAGGAGUUCGAGGUAAAGCUUCGAACAAGGCGCACUUGGGCCUGGUUCCCCCUGCCCCGUUUCCAGUGGUCGGGCUUUGAAUACGAGAAGCCCUGCAUUUUGCUGGACUUUCACGUCCCAGGUGUGGGCAGCUUGCCGCCAGAGGAUGUGCACUGUGACUUCGGAGUGGACUGGUUCGACCUGAAGGUCUGGAAUGUGAAGUGGUCGGUCGAGGACGCUGUGAGGUACCACCACCGUGUGAAAAAGACUCGGCUCCUGAGAGACAUCGUUCCUUCUGAAAGCUCCGUGGAAGCACAAGGGGAUCAUCUUUUGGUGAAGCUGCAGAAGGCGUUGGACCCACGUCAUGGCUACUGCGCAUGGUCCGACUUAACAGCUGGGAGUGGAAGGAAGCCCUUCAAGUACCAGGAAGAUGCUCCAGAUGGUGGCUUAAUGGACUUCCUGGAAGGUGAGUACGAGAAGUACGAGGGCCAUGAGGGCUUCCGCAAGGACCUUGGGAAAGCCAUGGAGCAGGUCCAUCGAAAUGAGCCGGUGCGUGGCUUUGAAGACUGA